UUUAUAAAUUCCUAUAAUGGAUAAUGAAAUACAUUCCAUCGUCGCUACUGGUGGUUACCGUUACGAAGACGGAAGUGUGUAUGUGGGUACAUGGAAUAACGACGGGAAACGGCAAGGAGAGGGACAUUUAAAAUUUCCGGAUGGUUCUAGAUACGACGGAGAUUUUGAAAAUGGGGUAUUUCACGGACUGGGAAUACUAACUUUUUCUGAUGGGGCAAAAUACGAGGGAGAGUUCUUUCAAGGCUGGUUUCACGGACAUGGAGUUUUUUGGAGAGCAGACGGCAUGCGACAUGAAGGAGAGUUUCGAGGAGGCAGAAUUUGGGGUCUAGGUUUGACAACGUUCAACGAUGACACUAAUGGGUUUCCCAGGAAUGAGGGAUUCUUUCAAGACUGCCAACUGAAGAAAUUAAUAAAAUGCCCGGAAGUCAUUCAAAAAGCUCAAAAAAUGGCUUUUAUGGCUCGAAAUCAGUUCAUUACUAAUUCAGAUAUGUAG